AUGUUAUUGAUGAAGGAGGAAGUUCCCCAAUUCCCCAUAUCCAGAAUAACUCGAUGGCAAGGAGUGAAAGGAAUGGCCGUGAUUUUGUUGUGUCUUGUUGCCGGAUCUUUUGCCGGUUACCUACCUGUUGCCGCACCUGCAUACGACAUUAACAUCCCUACUCCAUACGACACCGGCUACGAUACUGUCGAUGAGUACGGCACCAGACAGAGCCGUCAGGAGAGUGGGGAUGGUGCCGGCAGAGUUCAGGGAUCUUAUGGCUACACAGACCCCUGGGGCACCGGUCGUCAGGUCAACUAUGUAGCUGAUGAAGGAGGUUUCCGUGCCUGGAUUUCAACAAACGAGCCUGGUACCGACAACCAGAAUCCUGCCGACGUUGAAAUCAACUCCCAGGCUGCUGCCCCAGCUCCUGUUGUGAAAAAUGUAGCUGUUCCUUCUGCUUAUGCUGCUCUUCCAGUUGCUCCCAAGGUUGCUGUAACUGCACCUGUAGUUAAGGGAGGUCUUCCAUUGGCUUAUCCUGGCAACUUGUACCAAGGUUGGGACUAA